UCCAGCACCUUUAAUACACGUCCUCUCUGUCUACAUCUUUUUUUGUACCAACCUUCCUACUGGACUGGUUCCAACACACAGGCAGAAACAUUAACUCACAGUCGUCAUCAACUGAACCAGCCCUAUCUGGAGAAUGACGUCUCUGUUUGCCCUGAUAUACCGACAGAUGAUCCAUGGUGUAGGAUGGCACUCCUGUCGCUGCCUGUCCCACAGUGGAGGACAGAUUGCUCCUGAUUAACACAUGUCACUUCAGUUAUGAUGUUGAUGUAAUUAUACUUGGAAAUGCUAAUGAUAUUAGGAAUUUCUAAACACCCAGAGGUUUAUUUAUACAUUUUUUAAACAUUUUUCACAUUGUUAUUUUAUUCUAUUUCCUUUAUAUUGCUUCAACCAACAAUUGACUUUUGAUAAAUGGACCUUUUCUAACACCGAUUAUGAUAUCGUUCUCUUGGGCAAACAGAUUAUCACUAUCCACUUUUAAAAGCCCAUAACAUUUAUUGUACCGGUGAUUUCCAACUAGUGUGCUGUGGCACAUACAGUAAGUGUGCUGUGAGAGAUCAUCACACCUAAUUGGUCUGAAAAAAAAUUGUUUAUUUACUAAUUUACUUUGCAAAUAAUUUGUCUUUGUUCAUCAAUGCACCAGUGACAGACGGAACGGUUAAAUAUUAAAAAUCGCACUAGAUGACAGCAGAUGGCCAUAAAAACUAAAGACUCAGAGAUAACAAAGAGACAAAGACGCUCGGAGAUAACAAAGCAGAUCUCAUUGUGUGGCUUUCUUCAAUUCCUGUGAACAUUUCAGCAUUGUGUUCAACUAAACAGGCUCAGGUUUCACAGUGAGUAAGUAAAAUUUGAGUAAAUUGACCUUUGUUACAUUUUUGUUUGGUGGUGCGUCGUUGGCUGGUGGCUUAGUGGUGUAAAAUACUUGGCAUGGCUCAAAAAAGGUUGGGAAACAUUCUCCACAACUGUUGACACUCUUCAGAGCACACCUUGUUUCGUGAAGCAGUCGCAUGAAAUUCUAUCCUUUCCUCUUCUCCUCUAUCUUUCGUUACUAGCUUAUAGUCAUCUUUACGUGUUUUCAUCCCUGUCUGUCUGUGUAUGUGUGUUGUCCCAGUAACAAGAAGUCCAGCAUAGAAGCAUGCCAUUGAAUCUCUACAGAGGUUUCUAAGGCUGUUGGUGUGUGUGUGUGUUUCUCUAUUUCUGUCCCAGCAGGACACACAUAUGCACUGAAUAAAAAAGGCUGGCGGUCAUUUAUAAUGUCUUGGCUGUAAUCCUCUAAUUAACACACCUACUAUUCUGAGCCUUGUUACCCCACUGAGGGUCAACGUGGGAGUACAGCGGUACAAGCAGAGCUGAGCCGCGAUAUUUGCUUUGGGAGUUUAACCAUUUAACCGUUGAGAAAGCAGCUACUUUGUUUUGUUGUUGGCGAUGGCAGGUGUGAGGAAGUCCCGUGUUUCAAAGCAGCUUUACAGUAACACACCACACAGACAAACGAACAAAACAAGGCGUGGACACACCAUGGUGACAAUCAGUGUGUUUGAAUUCUUUUAAUGCCAACUGACCACAGUGCAGAGUCACACCUGCUCCAACUGGCUUCUGUGAGUGUGUGUACUUACAAUUGGGAGCAGUUUGACCGUAAGGACUGACCUAGUGCUGAUACUAUGGAAGAGUGAGACAUCCUUUUGGAGACAUUUUUAAGGGUAAGUGUAGCGAAUUAAUCCUUAGAGAAACUAUGAGUAAAGCACAAAUCAUGUUAGAAUGUGAUAAAAUUCAGAAUAGGUAUCAUAGAGGAAAUGGGUAAAUUGGAGUUAUGCAGUUAUGCACUUUACCUAAUGAAAAGAUGGUGAUGUCAUUAUGAUGUCAUUACUACUGUGUGAAGAAAAACACAGCACUAAUGACGAGUUCUUUCUGAAGACAAAUACCAAAUGAACAACUCCAGGAGUUUCCCCCUUUUUAGCAACAUUAUUAACUGAAGCAUUUAGUAACUGACUAGGCUAAUAAUUAGAUUAGAUUGUUUUUUUUAAUUAACUAAUUUCUAAGUGUUUUGAUUUUAGCCUCUUGAGUGUGAAUAUAUUUAUAUUUUCUUAACCCCGACGCAUUUUCAAAAUGCAAACUCUUGCUGUGUGUUUAGGUUAGCUUACGAAAUGUGUCCAAUUAAGUGGUUAUGCAAACAAAUGUUGGUUGCAGCCCCGUGUCUGUGUUGGACUCAAAACGCGUGUACGUGCGUUUGCUCACCCACACUCUUCUCUCCUCCUUAAUAGCAGUGUCUGCAUGUUUUGCAAAGGCCGCCUUCACCCAAGCAACCUAUUUGCUUUCCUCGCCCCCUCUCUCAGUGACCCGUAGUUAAACAGGGAGGUGACGUAAGGCUUUUCUCAGCCCUGUGUGAUCACUCAGGGGUCUGCCGUGAUGAGAUGAAGUCAGUCAGCCAGCAUGCAGCUGGCCCCCUCACUAGACAUCUUGUAUAAGCUUAUUUGCCUCUUUUUUUGGAGCAGCGCUCAUCAUGUGCUGACUUCAUUUACUUGAGCUCAUCUGACCUGGUUUGAAUGUACUCUGUGUGCUGUGAUGUCUCAACUUGAGACUGAGCAGAGCUGCCAGACAGGACAUUAGAGCGGCCUGCUCAUGAAAGGUACCUUCUGAAGAAAGAAAUGUUUUCUAUUAACAAACAUGUGCGCUGACAUUAAAUAGCAGCUGAAGAACCCCUUUUUUCUCCUUUUCUAGUAACAGCAGUGACCAGGAACUUUGUACUUUUGGUUCAUUCGUCUGUCAAACCCAGAAUGGACAUGUCUCAGUCUUAGACUCAAAGACAAACCAACAUUUUCUGAGUGGUGCGCAUAAAGUCGCAUCAUAAAUCAGGGUUAUGACAUUUUGUCCAUCUGUAAUAUAUUCCCUUCCUUCUUCACGGGCCUUUGUAAGGACCUGCAUAUAAAUACCACCAUCCAAAAUAAAUUAUCUCAUGUCUUAGAGGUUUUUAUUACAUUUGGGAGUUAAACAUCUAUUUAAAGCAGCUGUGCUAGCAUAAUAAGUAGUUAAUGUUCAGUUACCACUCAGCCUCCCAGUGGUUACAUCGAGUUCAGCGCUGCUUUGUUUCCAUAGCUGGACUUGUGGCUUACAUGUUUGCCAUUCCAUAGUAAAGUACCAGGAGUCUGUGGUCUGUCAAAUGGAUGAUGGCUGCCAACCACCACUCAGUUUGGUCUUCUCAUCAUUUCUAUUCUUCAUUUUGUUACGGUUCAGAAGACCAAUGUCAAAAGGAGGGCGCAGGAGCAGACACAGAAACAGUAGCAGGUAAGUACAGGUGUUAGUUACAGAUUGAGAAUUUGCAAAUGUAGGUUGAACCAAGCAGCAGGUAGAGGCAGAGGGUGACAGUGGUGAAGCUACUGACCUAAGAGCAAAAGAAGAAUCCACCACUUACAAAAAAACAAGAACCAAGAACUGUGAAGAGGCAAGCUAAAAUGUCAGAGUUACAAAGAGCGAGAGGAACAUGAGCGUACUCAAGGAGCCAGAUGAUUACCACAUCAGUAAGCAGACGGUCUGGUGCUGGAACACAGACAAGCAGGUGGUUAUAAGCAGGUGUCCUGAUGAGCUGGGAUCACUGGCAGGUGCGACACACACACACACACCCUCAGAAAAACCCAACCCCCCCGGAACCUCACACAUUUCUGCUUUUGUCAUUGCACUCCAAACUGCACUCCUUCUUUAGCUCAUCAGUUUGGUUUUUCCUUUUCGUGCGUGCUCCUUUCUUCUCUGAGGACUGGAAGACAAGCUCCCAAACACGGACAUAAUGUGAAGGAGUACUAAAAAAAGUACCCCACUUUUGCAGUCUAAAUUUAUCUCUGGUCAAAUAAAUAUAAUACAUUUUUAAAACCAAAUUCAAAGUCAUGAAUCUGUCGAUUGCAUUCAUUACUGAUUUUUACCAGUCAAGGCAAAACACUGAAGCCAGGUCACAACUCGUAUUCAGCGACACUAGUCUAAAUAUAACAUUUAUUUAUUUUUUUUAGCUGUGUGCCACUAACUAAGCAGAGAUUAAUCAAUGCCGCAGCCGCAGCAGCGAUGUCUCUGUUAACCAGCCUGAUAGCUAUGGAUAGAGCCCCGCUUCUCUGCUAGGCCCCUGAGGUGGCCGCAUAUUUGUUGGGUGAGUAAGGAAUGUGGUUACAUGCCUUAGACAUUAGCUAUGAAGGAGCUCUGGCUCCGCAUGAGAGGGAGGGUGUAAAGGGAGGUAGCAGAGGAGGGAGGGGCCGGGAGCGGACUCUGAGCUCACAGCAAGUGAGCUCAUUCACCCUCAUUGCUCGAGGAGAGAGUGCAGCUCUGUCAUCCUCUUCACACACAGAGAAGGGAGGAGGAGGAGGAGGAGAAGAGAGGGAGGAGUGUAAACCAGCCACUGAGCGAAUGAGUGACUGCAAGACAAUAGUGGGCUGUACUUCUGACUGUGGACACAGAGACAGAGAGUUGGUCACAGAGACCCAGAGACACACGGUGAACCAGCUGCAGGCGGAGUACAGCUGGCGCUCACGUACAGCCAGACUCAGAUAUUUGCUUGUAUUUUUUUUUUUCUUUUCUCUCACUCUGUGUCAGCGUUUCCUCACUAAAUUGCAGAAUUGCUUUGUUUACACAGUGGAGCAUUUGAGGAAUUGUCGCAAUUGCACGGAAUUUUGGGAAUAACUGGAUUCGAGUGUGUCUUUCUUUAGCACUUGGUCAAGUCCCCCAAAAGUCAAUGCUUGGACAUUGGAGCAGCUGACAAGUACACAAGAGGAAGGGACUUCUGUUGUCUUAGGAUUUCAACUGGCAGACCCACAACAGGAAACUUCUGCUUCUUUGCUUUGAAAUUUGUGCGCAGACAAGGCAGAGGUCAUCGAUUGCUUCAUCCCUACAAAGGGGAGCCCCAAAACAUUUUCAAAUUGUGAGUGUGUAAGAAAGAGACCAGAGUGUGUUCUGGGGGAUGCCUCUGGAUGUGGUCAUAGCCCCAGUGGAGGACUGUUUUUGGCCGGACCUGCAAGACACAGACAUGAGGCUGAAGAUCAGGGUCCGCCGGAUGAAAGAGGGAAGAGAGCUACGAGGGGGUUUUGCUGCUUUCUCCUCUUGUUUCCCUGGCCUGUGUGAAGGGAAACCUGCCACUGCUCUGCCUAUGAGCUUGUCACAACCCUGCUUGCCUGUGGCUAAUGUGGGGCCCACUCGCAUCCUGCCACACCUGUACCUGGGUUCACAGAAGGACGUCCUCAACAAGGACCUGAUGGCUCAAAAUGGUAUCACCUACGUGCUCAAUGCUAGCAACACUUGCCCCAAGCCAGACUUCAUCAGUGAGAGUCACUUCAUGCGCAUCCCAGUCAAUGACAACUACUGUGAGAAGCUGCUUCCAUGGCUCGACAAAACAAAUGAAUUCAUAGACAAAGCCAAGGUGUCAAACUGCAGAGUCAUUGUGCAUUGCCUGGCUGGAAUCUCGCGUUCAGCAACAAUUGCCAUAGCAUACAUCAUGAAGACAAUGGGCUUGUCAUCUGAUGAUGCCUACAGGUUUGUAAAAGAUAGAAGACCGUCCAUAUCCCCCAACUUCAACUUCCUCGGUCAGCUGCUGGAGUUUGAGAAGGGCCUGCGACUACUUCAGGCCUUAGCGUCGACAUCUGAUGAGAAAAUCUCUGAAAACAACACGAAGCCUUGCUCAGAGGUCAAUGGUGUUGGCACAGGUUUUGAGACAAACAGUCAUCACAGCAACUACAACUCAACUGUGGCAGAGUUGCACCACCCAACAGAACCAAAGCUACCAUCGCCCACCUCUCUCCAGCAGGGCUUUAACGGCCUUCACCUCUCUGCAGAGAGAAUCAUGGACACCAACCGCCUCAAACGCUCCUUUUCCCUAGACAUUAAGUCUGUCUACUCCCCUAGCAGACCCCACUGCCCUAUCUUGGCACCCACGCACUCCGAAGACGUCCCCAAGCUUUGCAAGCUCGACAGCCCAGGCACAGGAACCUCCAACGGAGUCUGCUCUCCAUCUCCCCUCCUUGACAGCCCAAACUCCUUAGAUUCACCGUUCCCCUCACCUGGUAGUGGAGGUAGCAUCGGUGGGUUAGGGCUGGGAGGAAGUGAAUUCUAUCGUUCGUCAUCCAGACCCAGGAGAAAACCAAAGCACAGUUCGAGCAGUUCUCCAGUCCACUCACAACCACACCAACCUCCACAGUCCCUCAGUUUGUCGCUUGACCACAAGAGUCCCACCCUGGAGGAGAACCUAAAGGGCUCCCUGCUCCUUUCUCUACCCUCUCUGCCCACUCUAGGGUCUGGGGUCAUGUGGACCAAACACAGAGACACUGUCCAGGCCACGACACCUGUUACACCUACCACAGAUGCCCCCUGGCACUUCGGGGCAGGGGAGGGCAGUGACAAACAAAUGGAACUGGGAAGCGGCCUUGGCGGAGGAACUGGAGGGGAGUCCACGGUGAGGUUUGGGAGCAGCUCGGCGUAUGUGGCGUUUGGGUGCAGUGAAGGUGUGCGGUUACGAGACAAAUCUCAAACACAGAGAGACUCUUCGUCGUCCUUGUCGUCCUUGUCGUCCACGUCCAACGGUUCCAACAACAGUGGGACUGUGUCAGAGAAGCAGUUCAAUCGACGCAGCUGUCAGAUGGAGUUUGAGGAUGGAAUCUCCGAAACAAGGUCCAGAGAGGAACUGGGAAAGAUCGGGAAACAGUCGAGUUUCUCUGGAAGCAUGGAGAUCAUCGAGGUAUCCUGACAGAUAAGGACUUCAUCAGAGCUGUUCCCUAGAGGGCGAGAAUGGACCUAAUAAGAGGGAGUAAAAUAGACAGGGGGUGGGUGGGGUUACUUUAGGUACCGAAGUACUGAAAACAAUUCUUGAGUAAAAUAAAAUGAGAAAAUGACACAGUGCAUCCUGAUAAUUUAGAAUCUAUUUUGACAGCGUCGGGACAAGAACUUCCUGAAUGUGGUCAGCUGUGCUUCAGUGGCUGUAUUGUGCUUGUGAUUUCAAGCAAGCCCCAUGUUUCCUCCCCAAGCUUCACCUCGGUGUCAGAAAUCCUCUUAACCUUGCACGCACUCGUCCCCUCUACCCAGACUUCUUGAAGACUCUGCAGAUAACAAAGCGAAGACUGAGAACAGACUGUCUCCUCAUGUCGCUCACAGCACAAGGCAAAGAGAUCCCACAGACUUAAUCACAAUGUGGCACCGCUUCCCAAAAAAAAAAAAGAAAGAAAAGAAAAUGAAGGAGUCUCAGCUUAUUUUUCUGACUCUGGGUUAAAGACUUUCAGUGACAGACAACAUCCUAUAAAGCACAGUGUCCUCGUCUCCAGUGUUAGCAGUUUGAUAGGAUGGAAUCUUCAGGUGAUGGUGAUGAAAGUUUACUUUUUUUCUCCACUCACCCAACCUCCCCCACUGCUCCCAGUCACCACUUUCAGCCACCACUGAGCAUGCACCAGAACGGCUGACUGCAGACAGACAAAUGCUAUACAUACAUUAUAAAUAUAUAUGAAUAUAGGAAUUUUAAUGGACUCCUAGUGGACUUUCCGUUAUUAUUUUUUAAUUUAUUCUAUCGGUUCAUUCUGGUAAUGAGAAAUAAUAUACUGUUUUGUGUUUCUUUUUCUUCUUUUUUAAUAUUAUUAUUGUUUUUAUUAUUAUUACGUGCUGUAUGGUAUUUAUGAACACACACUCAAACAAAUACACACAUUCAGCAAACUAAAGCGAGCAAUAUGAGCUGUUCUUUCUGAUGAGGAUGAUGUAUGAUUUUCUUCUGGUUUUUUCUCUGAAAUGUUUUGAUUUUCAUUCACACCUGGGCAAAACCAUAUUGUUUAGGUAGGCCGGGGGGGAGGGGGGGGCACAGAUGUCCCACCAGUGAAAGAGCAGGGUCUCUGUAUCUCUGUCCUCAUGGGGUCAUCGCAACUGAGACACUUUUUUUUCUGUGCACAAAAAGACAGAGUAGCUACAAGUUGUGAUCACUCACACACAAGGAAACUUUUUUAUUAGGGACUGGUGUCCAACGUCCUCCCCAGUGAGCAGCAGUUUAUCCUGGUCAUCACAGUGCGCCCCACCAAAGCUGGAACCAACACUUACACAUACCCACGAACAGUACGCACUUAUAUUACAGCGGUAAAGAAUAGGCCCAAACGUACUCCCUUUUUUUUAUUCUCAGGGGAUCUUUAAGUGAGCCAAACCCGACACAGGGUACAUAGCUGCUGGUACAUCAGCACAAUACAUGUAAUAAAAGCUCCCUUGCUUUCUAUAGCUCUUACUUUUUUUUACUUUCAUUUCAUUUUUGUUUUCCAAAGCUUUGGUCAUAAAGAAUAGCAUAAUGAAUAGAAAAGAAAAGAUUUGAACUUUGCCCUCCUGGUGCGAGAGAUUAGUUAUUUAUUUAUUAUUUGUUUUUUCCCCCCCGUUGACCUUGAUUAGGUGUUUUAUUUUUAACCAUUUGACCUUGUGCUGCUGCAGCUACAGCCAGCUCAGAUAUAUUUCUGUGUAUUUCUGUAUUCCUACAAAGCAACUUUUCUUCGUCCUCCUCCCUCAUAUUUAAAAAUGUUGUUGGAAUUAUUUAUGACGUGUAACAAAGAUGAUGCAGGCUGUCCCUUUUGCUAAAGUUGCUGUUAUUAUUAUUAUUAUUAUUAUUAUUAUUAUUAUUAUUAUUGUGUAAAUAGCAAUGCAUCUAAGAACAGUGAUGAAUUUAGAUGAGUUUUUGAGAAUAUCCUGAUACCUUAGGCUGCUUGAUGCAAAAAUACCUCAGGUUCUAUUGAAAAGCUUUUCCUUCCCCUGUACAUGUUUUGUGAAAAUGAGACAAAAAAUACAGACAUGACAAAAUACAAA